AGUGUGGUUGGACAGAUCUACUGUUUUGCUUUGUGGAUAAUUAUGGGACCAGUAGUAAGCAGCUUAUUGCUCAGCGCCUGCCUUGUUGCUGUUUCUGCAGCCCAGUACUGUCAACUAGAAAGUAACUGCAGGAAGAUAAGUGGACACGUCAGCUCUAAUUCAUAUGUGUGUCAACGGCCAUCUGUAACCUUUUCGUCUUUACCUCCACAAUUCAUUGCUGAGCCGUCCAAUCAGCUUGCAGAGACCGGGAGGACUGAUCGUUACAUCACCUUUGAAUGUGCAGUCACUUACGUCUCUGGCUACCAACCUCACUUCACAUGGGAACAUAACGGGAGAGAGAUUGAAAACAAUCUUAUUUUCAAUGAGGGGGGUUCAAGUACACUGAGAGUUCAAAGCACCAAGUCUGCAGAGGGUGCCUACAGGUGUAUUGUGAACAGUGAGCAGCUCAAAUACAGCAUGACAAGUCGCUAUGGAUAUCUACAAAUAGAAGACUGCUCUGAUAAUGGGUGGAUUGACACGCUAUUACCGUCUACCUACUCCAAUGAAAACACCAUCGACCUACCCAUUGCUAAAGGAGCAACCACAAUACUUGAGUGCACUCCCAACACCACCUUAUCAAGCCCGUUUACUAUCUGGCUAAGGAACAACAAUGCCACACUGGAUGCUAACUACAUAAAGCUCCCUAAUGGGGGAUUGCUGGUCAGAGAUUUUGAUCCACCUGCUGAAGGGGUGGUCACGUUUCGCUGUAUUGUCAUCUCCAGUAGCUGUUCACAAAUGACUCGAGAGUUCAACCUGAGAAUGUCUGAUGGGGAAGCUCAUCCUAUUGCUCCUAACAACCAAACUGCAGUCCUAGGAUCUUCGGUUUCACUGUACUGUAUCACUAACAACAAAGCCUCAAAUACUUGGUACAAAGACGGACUGCUCUUGGGUUCAGAGUUCAAUUGGACAGUGUAUGGUCACAACAAUGAGGUGCUUGUGCUUAGCAACAUCACCGUGGAAGCGAAGGGGGAGUACAGCUGCGUGUACAGUGCCAGCUCCACAAUGACUGCACAGUUGAUUGUGCUGUCCCCGCCCACUUCGGCUACUAUUCAGGUUUCCGGUCACACGCCCCACAGCCUCUCGCUCAUUCUUUCACCCUCCGCUAACCACACUCUCUCCCUCGCUUGCACAUCUGACCAUCUCAGCCAACGCACGGAAAUGACUUUUGCCUGGUUCUUUAGAGGGAACCCAAUAACUGGCAGUGCCUACACAGUGGGUGUGGUUUUUCAGCAGACUGGCCCUUUGCUGAGUGUGACAGGGAGUGGGGUGUUUGGGAGUUAUCAGUGCCUGGCUACUAACAGAGGAGGGAGUGCUGCAGCUGUGCUAUUCGUAUAUGAAGACAAACCCAACCCACCAUCUUCAGUGUCUAUCGUUCGAGAUGCCUACCUCAAUGUCAGUCGACCCACAACAGCGUACCUGUACAGUAUAACGAUCAACCCCCCUCACAGCCAAAUAGCAUUCGAGGGGCUAGCAUACACCCUUGAGGCCUACAUUUAUAGACCCGGCGAUGGUUUCUACCGGUACUGCUCCUGUAAUUAUAGCGCUGUCUCAGGAAGUCUUGGGGUUGAGGUGGUGAACUUUCGUGCUGAUGCGUUUGUUAAUCCUGUGAAACAGAAUUUGUAUGUUAGAGCUGCCAUUGUGAGCUCAACUGGUGGAGAGAGUGACUACCAACCCUACUAUGCUGGCUCUGAGUGUGGCACCGCAAUUGAUCUGCUCGUUCCUCCUCGCCCCGCCAACCUGGUGCAAGUCCCCAGUCGUGCUGAAGGUGGGUGGAGUCUAACAUUGACUUGGACAGGUCCCUCAAACGACAAGUACCCAUCACGCCUCUACCGUACCAAUGUCACACUGCAGUGUGAGGGCUCAGAGACACAGAGUAGUUGGGUUUCAAGUAUUGUACACUCGUACAAAGUCAGCAAUACUCUGCCUGGUUGCACUACCUGCAACUGGACUGUGAGUUUUAUUAUUCUUGACUUAACGAAGUCUUCUAACACAAUAGGACGAUUCACAACAUCAGCUAUUAGUCCCACUCAGGCCCCUACGUUGAACUCGGUUGAACGUGACAACUCCAAUGGCCAGUUUGUUAUCGACUUCACACUUCCCCCCAGAAAAGUUUCAUGUGGGGAAACAUACUACAUUGUAGGCUACUCUGGCCACAAGACAGCUUCGCAGCUACUGGCUGGGUGUAACCUUAUCACAGGACCCAGCGCUGGGACUGCUGGUCGUUACCACUGUGAUGUUGAUUUAGGUGGGGUGUUCUGUUGGCAGACCCUGAACGUGAGUGUGAUGUUUGGUAAUGAUCAAGGAAUGAGCGAUGAAAGCAGUCCAAUGGUGUUGCCUGGAGUCACUGCAGAUGAUCUGCCUAACUUUUCUACCCUGUCAGUAACAAACGUAACACCUAAUGAGAUAUCUGUGUCCCUUCAAGUCAACAACACGUUACAGUGUCUACUUAACAACAACCCCUACACCGUCAAUGUGUGUAUUUCACCACCACCCACCAACUCACAACCAUGCUACUCUGACUCUCACAUGCCUCACACCUUCACUGGUCUAAAUGGAGGCACACAGUAUUUCUUUGAGGGACACUUAAGUAUUCUAAACGUUGAAAAUGUAAGUCUAAAAUCUGUCCAACAAACUACUAGGGUAGGAGUGCCUACCUCACCUCCGCGGAACUUGACUAUAUACCCAAUUGAAGAAAGCGGAGUUUCGAAGCUACUCGUCUCGUGGAUAGCACCUGGAAAAAACAGUUUCAAUGGCGAGAUCACUCAUUACAAAGUGAGCAUUUCUGCAUCUAGUGGACAGAAUGUGCAGUCGAACGUGACUGAGCAUAGGUAUACUCUGGAGGACUAUGUACCGACUGGUGGUAUAUGGUAUGAUGUGUCUGUGAGCACCUGUACUGUCGCUGGCUGUGGUCCAGCAGCAACCGGACACUUUCGAACAACUGAUCAAAGUCAAGGAACUUUGGGAACAUGGACAAUAGUGGGAGUAGCUGCUGGGAGUGCAGUUUUGGUGCUUUUGGUGUUGACCGUCAUCUGCGUGACUUUGUGCGUUUACUUUGUAAAGAAGCACAGAAAAAAAGAGGAUUAUAAACAACUUGACAGGCGGGAUCUUUUAUACAAUUCUAAUGAGGAAUUAACUGAUGAAGACUUAGUAUCAGUUGGAGGCCCUGAUGGUGCACCUUCUAUACACUCCGAUCACACUCAGCUUGACGAUGUUGGCUCAUGGGUCAAAAAAGCUAGAAUGAUGGGGUACUUGAAAAGUGUCGAACAAGGUGAUGCUCCCAGUGAGGAAGAUUGUGGUCCUACAGACUUGACAUGUGGUAGUUUGCAAUCAGUGGAAACGUUAGUAGAUAUACAUCCCGAUUUGACAGAAGACAUCAGUAGCAAUCACCAAGCACUAGAAACAGCUUCUUGUGGACAAAAUGGUACCUCCUCUCCCUGCAAGUCUAAGUCACAUCGACAGAGGACGAGAAAUAAAAAAGAAGGAAGUAUGAUACUAAUACAAAGCGAACAAAAAUGUGAAGACCCAUCUGUUAGUCACGACAACUCACAAGAAUCUAUCUUGCAGAAAAGAGAAUCAAGAUUUGGUGCUAAACAUCUCCAGACAUCUCCACUAGAUGCAGUAGCGAAUCUCUCGAAAAACAAGUCAACAUCAGGUCAAGAUGCUAUUAGCAUGCACUCGCUCACUAAUGACGGCGUAUUAGAAAAUCGUAUCUCCGAUGAUGAAAUUUUACAACAUUUAAGCACUGCUCGGUAUGAAGCAACCAGCGCUGACAAGCCACUAGACGUGCCCACGCAUCCAAUAGCAACCACAUCAUAUGACUCGGUGUCUUCUAACUCAGGUUAUGUGAAGAAUAAUCUUCAGCAUAGCUACCAAAUGGAACCUAUUGAUGGAGAAGAUAAUUGUAGUACACAUUUGGAUAUGUCUCAACAGUUCGCAUCCACUACUCUUGGCUCAGGAUAUGUCGAUAAUAAAAAAACGUACAAAUUGCCAUCAGAAGUUCCAGAAUGUAAUAGAUAUGUGCAAGAGUCUGGACUGAACAAUACUUCAUCAAAUAGUGAUGCGUCUCUACCUCAUCGCUCACUCUCCCAAGCAUCUAGUUAUGCAACAGAUUUGCCAGAAACCCUCUCACAAGACAAUUCUGUGUUUGAUGAAUCAAUUUCUCAUACCCGAUUUGCUAGCGAAACUAAUGGAGCUCACCCGAGAAGCACAGUGUCUAGUGGAGUUUAUUCAACAUCUUCAACCAGCGAAUCUAUCAAAAAUGGCAGUGGAUACGUAUUAGAAAGUGACUACUCUAGCAAUACUACGUACAGGAGCUCUAGUGAGGGAUAUGCCUCUGCAGAGGCUACCCCGGCUUCACCCAACAAACAGUUCACUUUGGACGACCCUCAAUUAUCGUUGGAUAGAGAACAACCAUUGGAGGAAGCACAAGUAACAAUCUCAACAUCAAAAAAAUUGUUAUCCCACCCACCUGUUGCCUCCACACAACAACAAACUACUGCCGACACAGGAAUUUCAGUACCGUUCGAACCAGCAACUGAUUCAUUGAAGGGUUAUCUCAACACCCGUGAUUUGAACUUAGGGAGAAUUUACAUAACAAUGGACCAAGAAACAAUGGCUAGUGCUUCUAAACCAUUCUAG